AUUUUUUAAACAUUUAAUAUAUAAUACAUCAAUAAAAAAAAUAUAGUCAAAGUAAAAUAUGUAAAUAAUACAAAACGUACGUUGUUGCAAUUAAAAGAUAAGGAAGCUAGUAUCCAAAGCCCAUGCAUGAUAUUGGAACCCAAUAGGGCCCAUAUAGGAUGUUUUAAUAAGCUCUGGAUCAAAUAUAGCCAAGCCCAUUGUUAAGAUCAAUAGUGAAGUGCCAACCAACCCUAGCAGAUAUAUAUACCGAAUCCUCGACGCCGCGAAGAUCUCGUCGCGAUUUUUACGGAGUAUAUCCAGAGCAUAGUGCCGCCACGGUUUAAGCUUUCAUUUCAACAAAAAUGGCGGACGCUGAUAACGAUGUUGCGACGGGACUGCCAAAGAAGAGAACGUUUAAGAAGUUCAGUUACAGAGGCGUUGAUCUCGAUUCUCUCCUCGACAUGCCCACUGAUGUUCUCGUCAAUCUCUUUCCGUCCCGUCAACGCAGAAGGUUUAAGAGAGGCUUGACGAGGAAGCCACUCGCUUUGAUUAAGAAGCUCCGGAAGGCGAAACUUGAGGCUCCAACUGGUGAGAAGCCAGAGCCAGUCAAGACCCACUUAAGGAACAUGAUAAUUGUUCCUGAGAUGAUUGGGAGUGUGAUUGGUGUUUACAAUGGAAAAACAUUCAACCAGAUUGAGGUGAAGCCAGAGAUGAUUGGGCACUACUUGGCUGAGUUUUCAAUCUCAUACAAGCCUGUCAAGCAUGGUAGACCUGGUAUUGGUGCUACUCACUCCUCAAGGUUCAUCCCGCUCAAGUAAUAUAUGUGUCUUCUCUUAAGAGCAUCUUAUUGUAACCUUUGAAUCGAAUAUUAAGUAUGCACUAUAAACUUUCGUCUCUAAACAUGUUGCAGAGGUAUCUGUUUUGUUGAAUUAUGUGAAAUUGAGUUCUGGUCUAUUUUUUUGCGCAUGAAAUGGUUUUACUCAAGUUUGCUUUUUAAAUAUCAUAAUAUUGAGUUUUAUGGAUUAUGAAGUAUUUCUCUCCAGAUGUCGGCAGUUAUUCUUUCUAUAAAUCGCCCAUUUUCU